AACUGUCUUACUCGAUCAGGUCUUGCAUAUGCCCGAUUCACAAUCUUGUAAUAAGCUGCAACAGAAGCUUCAGAGAAAAGGAAGUCUGGAGAAGCCCCUCUCAUUCAGUGAAUCUCUCCAAAUUUGGCAACCUUGUAAUCACAGUGACUUCAGCUGCCCAAUCUGUCUCCAAACAGCUACUUUCCCAGUAGAAACCAACUGUGGACAUCUAUUCUGUGGUUCCUGUCUAAUUACAUACUGGAAACAUAGUCCCUGGUUAGGAGCAAUUACCUGCCCUCUCUGCAGACAAAAGGUGAUUCUUCUGGACAACAUCUCUUGUGAAAAGCAACAUGAUAAACCAACUAAACAAAUUGUACAUGACAUUAGAGAUUACAACAAACGUUUCUCAGGGCAACCUCGACCUUUUGCAGAUUACCUUUAUGACAUGCCAUUAUUCCUGACUGUUUUGUUGCGAAGAAUCUCUACCUGGGAUGGUCUCGUAUGGAUUUUUUUCCUGAGAGUUGUUGUAUGCUCCUUCGGAGCAAUCAUAUGCUUACCUUCUCCAUUUGACACGAUGCCUGGGCUUCUCUGUAGAAUACUUGGAGCAGCUGAUGACAUGGUGGUAGUUUUCCUUCUUUUAAUAUGCAUGAUAAACAUUUGUCAGCAAAUUAUAUCAGACAGGGUGGAUAUGGCAAGGUCUGCAUCUCAGAGCAUGCUGUCAGAUUCCUGACUGACUCUAACUUUGAUUCCUCAAAACUUCAUCAAAUGGCUUUACCUUGAUUCGGGGCAGCAUGUGAUGGAUUCGUCAUUCUGCUGCGGACAAAGGCUGAAGCAGGACUCAGAGAUAUUUGGCACAGCCAAUAAUUCAGUGUGCAAAUGCUUAGAAUACUAGUUUUAUAUGCAACUGUAUAUUUGCUAGACUCUUUCACGCUGGUCUUCUCUACCACUUAUAUUCAUAUAAAAUACCCAAAUUGGAAGUGCCUAAAGCUAUGAGCAAGGCCUAAAACCUAAAAUUACAAAGCCAAUCAACUUGCAGUUGAAGAUUUUUAAAGCUCUUUAGCUCUAACAUUUUACAUCUUGGCUCAAUUUGAAUAAAAUUUUAAUUUGAGAAGUUAGCAAACUGUAGAAUUUGCUAAGUCUUGUCUGACACAAGGAAUGUUAGAUAAUACCUCUGCGAAAUCUUGUACUGGUGCUUUGUGCUAUCAUAGCUAAUUACACAUCCAUUGCAAAACAGAUUCUUACAGCUCUGUAAUAAGUACAGUCCAGAUUCCAAAAUGGAAAAUAUGAAACUCUUAGCAACACUGGCUUGAAACAAAAAUGCAAUUAUAAAGUAGAAGUAUUACAAGGAGAGAACAGCAUUAAAAAGAUCAUACAAGAAAUGUGAACAGAUGCCUGAGUGACACUUUCAUAAAGGCCUACGCAAGGUACACGGCUUCCUUGAACUCUGUGCAUCUAAGUUUUAACAAAGUCAACAUGACUGUUUGUUUCCUUUGUAGACUUUGUACGCUCCUUGUAACUUCCUUGUUAAGGCUUGGUACCAGUUCAGCCAGAGAGAUCAAAGUCAAAUUUAUGAUGAUGAUAUAAAUCGCAGGAAGUUUAUGGAAAGUUUGCUAAAGUUGGGGGGGGGGGUGUUGAUCUGGAAAGAGUUAAAAAUACUGGUACAGUACCAGACAAUGUUAUAAUAUCUGUCCCUGUAAAAUCUGUACAUUUGCUCUGUGUUUGGAAUCAGUGAACUUCAUUUUUACAUCUUAGUUGUAUAUAGAUAUAUGUAAUAUUAAAACAUAUAAAUAUUUAUUGUUCACAAUA